GGAGGGUGAUGCGCGCGCGGUCCGCCCACGCAGGAUCAUUCCUGGCUCGCGUCUAACCGUCGCGCUGAAUAUCGCGUUUAUUUUCGACGAUGCGGGAGUAACGGGAUGAAGAUCGCUCGCGAUCGCUCGCAAGUCGGCGAAAUGACAAACCCGCCGCGCGCGCGCCAGCCGCAUUCACCACGGAGCGAACGAUGAGCGCCGGCGGGAAUCUGCGCGUCACCCUGGAAACGGCAGCGGAGACUCGAGCGAGCGCGGGCCGAGCGGAGCGCAGCGACAGCCGGACUGAAGACCGAGGAGCAGCCGCCGCAGGACGCGGAGAGCACCGCGCGCUGAUCACGCGUGAGAUAUCGAUGAACGAGGGAUGACUUUCUCUGUUUAUAAUGAGCCGGUGAUGAAGAAGAGCACUGCACAUGUCCGCAGCAAACUCGACUCGCGUGAGGACAGAGUUAGACAGUGAUUCUCCCGCCUGACAGAACUGAUCUGAGGACAGUGAGAAUAUGACAGAUGCCUGAGGAACGCACUGAACAUUUCCAUGAUAACAUUAGUUACUGGAGCGGAGAGACCGACGGACGGAGAGACGCGCUGAGGCCCGACGCCUGCGCUCUCUCUUCUCCGAGCACGCUCGUGCUCGCAGGAAGAGCUUUGCCACGUCGCGGCAGAGAAGCAUGGAAACUCCGCCCACUGCCCCUACACAGCCAUUCCGACAACCUAGUUUUCUAAGUCGCCGUCUGAAAGGAUCAAUUAAACGAGCAAAGAGCCAACCCAAACUCGACCGCACAGGAAGCUUUCGCCACAUGAUCCUCCCACGAUUCCGCAGCGCAGACCAGGAGAGGAUGCGUCUCAUGCAGAGCUUCAAGGAGUCUCACUCUCACGAGUCCCUGCUGUCUCCCAGCAGCGCAGCCGAGGCUCUGGACCUCACGCUGGACGAGGAUGCCAUCAUCAAACCCGUCCACUCCAGCAUCCUCGGCCAGGAGUACUGCUUCGAGGUGACGACUGCAUCGGGCACCAAGUGUUUUGCGUGCCGCUCUGCCGCUGAGAGGGACAAAUGGAUCGAGAACCUGCAGCGAGCCGUCAAACCCAACAAGGAUAACAGCCGUCGUGUUGAUAACGUGCUGAAGCUAUGGAUCAUCGAGGCCCGAGAUCUUCCUCCGAAGAAGCGUUAUUACUGCGAGCUGUGUCUGGACGACAUGCUGUAUGCGCGAACCACCAGCAAACCGCGCACAGACACCGUUUUCUGGGGCGAACACUUCGAGUUCAACAACCUGCCGGCCAUCCGCAGCCUCAGAUUGCACCUGUACAAGGAGACGGACAAGAAGAGACGCAAGGAGAAGAGCACCUAUCUGGGGCUGGUCAGUAUCCCGAUCCCCAGUAUAACUGGCCGUCAUUUCGUGGAGCAGUGGUAUCCAGUGAUCCAGCCCAGCGUUCUGGCGAAGGGUGGCGGCGUGGGCAGCGGGAAGAUCAUCAACGCCUCGCUGCGCCUCAAGUGCCGCUACCAGACCAUGAACAUCCUGCCCAUGGAGCUGUACAAGGAGUUCGCCGAGUACGUGACCAACAACUACCGGACGCUGUGCGGUGUCCUGGAGCCGCUGCUGAGCGCUAAGAGCAAGGAGGAGGUGGCCUGUGCGCUGGUGCACAUCCUGCAGAGCACCGGCAAAGCCAAGGACUUCCUGUCUGAUAUGGCCAUGUGUGAGGUGGAUCGCUUCAUGGACCGCGAGCAUCUGAUCUUCAGAGAAAACACACUGGCCACCAAAGCCAUCGAGGAGUUCCUGAAGCUGAUCGCGCAUCGCUAUCUCAAAGACACCAUCGGAGAGUUCAUCCGCGCGCUGUACGAGUCGGAGGAGAACUGUGAGGUGGAUCCGAUGCGAACGCCUCCGUCGGUGCUGUCGGAUCAUCAGGCUAACCUGCGCAUGUGCUGCGAACUAGCGCUCUGCAAGAUCAUCAACUCGCACUGCGUGUUUCCUCGCGAGCUGAAGGAGGUGUUUGCGUCGUGGCGUGUGCGCUGCGCUGAGCGCGGCCGAGAGGACAUCGCUGACCGUCUCAUCAGCUCGUCUCUGUUCCUGCGCUUCUUGUGUCCGGCCAUCAUGUCCCCGUCGCUCUUCAACCUGACGCAGGAGUAUCCCUCCGAGCGCACCUCUCGAACCCUCACGCUCAUCGCCAAGGUGGUGCAGAGCCUGGCCAGCUUUUCCAAGUUCAGUGGGAAGGAGGACUAUCUGGGCUUCAUGAAUGAGUUUCUGGAGAUGGAGUGGGGCUCCAUGCAGCAGUUCCUGUACGAGAUCUCCAAUCUGGAGUGUGUGAGUAACGCCGGGGCGUUCGAGGGCUACGUCGACCUCGGCCGCGAGCUCUCCAUCCUGCACAGUCUGCUGUGGGAGGUCAUGGCGCAGCUCAGUAAGGACGCCAUCCUGAAGCUGGGGCCGCUGCCGCGGUUGCUGAACGACAUUAGCGUGGCGCUGAGGAACCCGCAGCUGCACCGUCAGGCCAGUCACCAGCCGCCCGAGCGUCACCUGACCCGGCCCACCUUCAGCCGCCUCGCCACCAACGACUUCCAGAGCCUCAUGAUGAGAGACCUCAACAGCUCUAUUGACAUCUCUCGUCUGCCGUCUCCCACGGCCGGUCUCUCCGGCAGCGGCGUUCUCUCUCACCCUGGAAUGGCUGCGUUCUCCGAUCGAGAUCCCCGUGGCAACAAAGACGUCUUCUACGUGACCCGUCCACCUCUCGCACGCUCAAGCCCCGCCUACUGCACGAGCAGCUCUGACAUCACCGACCCAGACCCCAAGGUUCUCAGUGUGAAUAAGAGUGUUUCUAUGAUGGACCUGCAGGACUCUCGCAUCAACAGCGUGUCCAACCUGCACUCGGUGAACGACCUGCUCAACUCGUCUCAGGGGUCUCUGGCCGGCUUCGGGCCGCUGGCCGGGGCCCCUCUCAGGGCCGGUGGGCGUGUGUCGGCCGGCUCGGGCGGCUCCAACAUGUCGGGCGGUUUGCGUCUGAGUCACUCGGGCGGCCUGGCUGCGGACUCGCUGUCCCAGGCGGCUGCCAUGCACGUGCCUCUGUCCUUCCAGAACCCUCUGUUCCACCUGGCGUCCGACGGGCCGCAGUACCACACCCCGCCGCCGCUGCUGCUGCCGCCCGAGCCGGAGAACGGACACGUGCCGUCCUUCGCUCACAGCGGCUUCUCCCGCAGCGAGGAUCUGUCGGCCCUGCGCACGCAGAACAGCCUGGUGCAGCCCAACAUCGUGCACUCGCACAGCUACAGCGACGACUUCACGCGCCACAACCAGGCCGACUACGCCCGCAGACAGCUCUCGCUGCAGGUGCAGGAGAAUCUCCAGCAGCAGGUUCUGAUGGGCAUCGCCCCACAGACGGCCACAGGCACGGGGACGCCCGCUUCUCUGGCCACGCCCCCCACCACCAUCCAUCCUGUCCGUCAAGCCUCCAUGGCCCCGCCUCCUCCUCAGCGCAUGAAGCCUCAGCCCUCCCACCAGCUGUCCGUCAGCUCGGCUGUCAACUCCACACCGCCCAAGACCCGCCCCCAGAGCGGGAACCUCCUCCAGUCGCCCGACUCCAGCUUUGGGGGGAGGCAGUUGCCGAGGCAACAGCUGUCGGUGAAGGAUAGCCCCGCCCCUGGCCUGCCGCAUCAGUCCAGCACGGCCUCGGAGAGCCCCGCCCCUCAGGGCGGAGCCAGUGAGAGCACAGAAAACACACCGAGCAACCAACCAGCAAAAUCUGCACAGCAGAGCAACCAACAGCACCUGCUCAAGCCAACCAUGAACAAACAGGGCUCAAAGUCUCCGUCCACUCUCAAUACUCCCUCAGCUGCGUCCGAGCGUACGGUGGCCUGGGUGUCCAACAUGCCGCACCUGUCUGCAGACAUCGAGAGUCUGCGUGUGGACCGCGAGGAGUUCAAACUGAAGGAGCACUCUAAGAGCAUGGAUGAGUCCCGUCUGGACCGGGUGCGUGAGUACGAGGAGGAGAUCCACUCACUGAAGGAGCGUCUGAUGAUGUCCCACCGUAAGCUGGAGGAGUACGAGCGGCGGCUGCAUUCGCAGGAACAGCAGACCAGUAAGAUCCUGCUGCAGUACCAGAGCCGUCUGGACGACAGCGAGAGACGCCUGCGCCAGCAGCAGAUGGAGAAAGACUCGCAGAUCAAGGGCAUCAUCAACAGGUUGAUGGUGGUAGAGGAUGAGCUGAGGGGAAGUGGAAUGCCUGACCUCAAAACCAGAAUAUUCACUGAACAGCCGAUUUAUGGUGCCCACUCUGGAACAUGAUUGGCCCGUGCAGGACUAGCGGACCUGUGAUUGGUUGAACCUCAACCCAGGAGUGUCUGAUGAUUGGCUGAGAGAGAAGAGAGAGGCGGAGCCUGAGCAGGACGACCAACUCAAACUGGACAAACUCUCUCUCUUUCUUUCUCUCUCUCUUUCUCACACACGCUGAGAGUAUAUAUAUAUGUAUAUAAGUGAUAUAUAACUAUAUAUUCCUCAGGUGUGUGUCUCUCUCUCUCUCUCUCCUGCUGUCUUUCUCUCUUUCCUCUGAAUUUUUUUGAGCCAAAUGGACGACAAUCAGCAUCUUGAGGCCGAAACAAUCACACCGAUAGCACAAAGAAAAAGACGCAGACAGACGGACGGAGAGAGAGAGACGACUUUAUACGCUCUCAUUCUCUUCCCAUCAUCCCCUGCCUCUCUCUCUCUCUCUCUCUCUCUCUCUCUUUACUGCAGGAGUGUGUUUGUGUACGUGAGUGUGUGUGUGUGUGUGUGUGUGUUUGAUCAGUUGCAGCCUCAACUUCCUAAUAAUGACUCAAUAACGAAUCUUGUUUUUUUUCAAAUGAUGUUUUGAGGGGCUUGAUUCAUUCUGAGCCAAUCAGACAUCGGCGUGCCGCUCAGAACCCCGCCCCUUCCUGUCCUGAGUGGGCGGGGCGGGCUCUCCUCUCCGUGCCUAAAGAGCUCCAUCAAGAACAACAGGGCAAAAAAAGACUAGACGAGUGAGUCGGACACUCGGUUUGUUCCAUGAUCACGUGUUCUGACAGAGACGGUCAUGUGACUCGCUCGCUUCGCAUCGUGGACCCAAGAGAGGAAGAGCGGUCGUGGCUUUGCUGUUUUCUGGGUUUUGUGGUGCUUUGAUGGUGGAGAGCGAGCGGACGUGUUCGUUUAGUGCUGGUGUGUGUUUGUGCCAAACACCCGGAUGACGCGGUUUGAGACGCGACCGAGCUAAGAUCAUCCACUGAAGCUCUCUUCAGACCCUAGUGAGCCGCCCGAUCCGAUGCUUCACACGUCCCACAAUGCAUUGAGAGACAGUGUUUUACGACGCAGUGGAAAGUCUAAACGUGUAUGAUACUGAUACAUUAUUAUUCAGUAACUCUAUUUUAUAUUCAAACUUCAGAUUAACUUGAAAUUGUGACAAAUAUAUUACUAUUGCACAAUGGAAUGUACUUCUGAAAGUAAUAAUUCAAUUAUUAAACUUUAGUUUUUAGGGAAUAUCCCAGAAUUUUUCUUACACGGGUGUGUUAUCAUUUUAACAGUAAAUCUCAUUUUGCGGCACUUUGUGUACCAAAAAAUAAAAGGAAUUAUUCAUUUUCGAUUGACGAAUUAAAAGAUUAAUUAAAUUUUUAGGGUUUAUGCCUUCAUUUGAUUACUGUUGUUUUUGUUAGUAAAUUUGUAUUAAAUCAUAAACACAUUUUCUUAGGCCUUAUUAUUAUUCAAAUUAACUUAGACUUUUUGAUUAUUAAAUUGAAAAUAAAUCUAAUUUAAUUUAAAAUCUUAAUUUAAUCUAAUUUAAAAACUUAAAUGGAUUUCAGAGGGCCGUAAAAAAAUUUUUUUUUUUUUUUACUUUUAAUAAAUUGAUGGUCAAUUGUAUAAGUUACAUAAUUAUGCAUGUUUUUUUUAUUACUAAAAUGUAAUUUAACCAUUAAAAGGGAAUUGCAGAGAAAAAAAUCAUAAGGCCCUAUUAUUGUUCAAAUGAAUUAAAUUGUUUAUGUUUUAUGAAUUCAAUUUAUUGGAUUUAUAGUUUAAUCAUUAAAGCAUAAUCAAGAAGAGGUUUAGAAUUUGUGAAAAAAAGGGCGAUAUUAAAUAGAUUUCAUAGGGAUUCAUUUAACCUUAAAUGGAAUCCAAAAAAUUUAAUUUGGGAAAAAAUAAAGCAAAUUUUAAAGUUGCCUUUCAUGAAUUUCUUAGAUUAAUUGAAAUGGUAAAGUGUUUCUUUGUGCUGUUGGGACCGGUCUCAUUUUAUAUUAUUAUUAUUAUUAUAUUUCUAACGAGGUUAGCAUGACAUGUUGACAGAAAUUCCAUAAUGGUGCUUCCCUACAAAUGUCUAUUAAUGUUUUUCAUAAAAUAGUAUUUGAUCUGAUAUUUGGUGUGAUUUUCUGCUUCUUUGAGUCUGUGAGGAGCUUUAGUGGUCAGUGCGGCUCACUAGGUUUGAGAACAGCGCUUGUGCAUUAUUCACACACACUCACUCACACACACACACACACACACACACACUCGAGCACUGACGUCAUCCGGCGAGGUCGGCUGCUGAUUUCUGUACAUAGAGUCCAGAUUUACCGAUGGAAAGUUUCUCUCAUUUUAAGUCGGUUGAGUUUUUCUCUUUUCUUGGUGUUUGAUGGAUGAUACUCAUAUACGCCAGUAGCUGCUUUGCUGGGGCUUUAGUCGAUUACUUUUGUCUUUAUUUACUUUUUUCUGUUCAAAGUAUUACUUUCGUCUGCAUUUCAGGUACUACUAGUUAUGAAAAAAUAAUGAUAAUGAACAGUGUUUCUGUGCCUACAGUUCCCCUAGCGCGCUCUGAUUGGCUGAACACGAGCGGUCACAUUUACACGCGAUGCGGUUCGGAGGCGGAGCGCGUCGCAUUCGAUAACGCCAGGGCGUUUUUGGACCGGUUCUGUAUCGAUACGCCGUUUCUCACCACUUUUGGCGCAAUUUUGCGAUCAUAUCAGCCAGCGUUUGUGUAUAGGGGUCAAUUAUGCUACGACAGAUUGUGAUCGUGUAUCUUUUCCCCAUUGUGUAGCACACUAGCUCUUACUGCUAUGAGUUUGUCUUCAUGAUGAAACGAAUGGUCCUCGCCGCGGGACCCAGCCGCAAAUUUAGCCAUAGACACGGACAAGCCAUAGCAUUGACCCUUGACCCUCCGACCCGAUUCAGGAGCGUAGGAUGUAUAUAUUUAUAUAUUUACCCAUGGAAAUAUUCUCGAAUGUGCGAGAGAUUUGUUGAUUCUAGAGUGGAGCAUCUCUGAAUAUGGAGUGAUGUUUUGAAUGUUCAUAUUAUUAUUAUUAUAAAGAUAUUAUAUUCAAAUAUGAUUAUUAUUGUAAUUAUGAAUUUCAUUUUAUUGCCAAUGAUUGAUAAACAGAAAUGUCUUUCUUUUUGUGAAUAUGGAGAAGUUUACAUUUUUCUGGGGAAAUAUUACAAAACUUUAAAUAUUUCAACAAACAAAUAAAUAAAUAUAUACAUGCUUAA